AUGGCCGGCAAAGAUGGUGCUCCAUCACCAUCACAAAGAAUUGAAAUUAACACUCCAUUCUACCUCGGUGCACAUGAUAGGUCGGGGGACUUUAUCACACCCAUCAAACUCAAACUUGAUAAUUUUGAUUCUUGGUCACAUGCCAUUAAAGUUGCUCUUUGUUCUCGUCGUAAAUUCGGUUUUCUUGAUGGAACAAUUACGGAUGUUGUGUCACCCGCAACAAAGGAGGAUUGGGUUGUGGUACACUGUAUGCUCGUGUCAUGGCUCAUGAAUACAAUCGAUCCUGAGGUAAAAUCUAUGCUUUCAAAUUAUGAUAAUGCUAAACACUUGUGGGAUGAUUUGCAUGAACGGUUUUGUAUUGUGAAUGGACAUCGGAUUCAUCAGUUGAAAUCUCAAAUUAAUAAAUGUGAGCAAACUAAAACCAUGUCUGUUGCGAUUUAUUUUGGAAAAUUAAAAGUUUUGUGGGAUGAACUUGCUCAAUUACAACCUUUAAUUUCUUGUAAGUGUGGCCAAUGUACUUGUGAUGUUAGUAAACAGCAUGUAAAGCGUUGUGAAGACGAUAUGUUGCAACAAUUUUUUCUUGGUUUGUAUUCCGAGUAUUAUGCGCACAUUAGGUCCAAUAUCCUUACUCAAGAUCCUUUACCAUCCUUGAAUAAAGCCUAUCAACAAGUAUCUCAAGAAGAACUUGUACGUGGCUUUGCAUGUGUCCAAGACGAACCCUUCCCUCCCGUGGGGUUUGCUGUCCGUGCGGCAGUAGGUCGGGUUCAUGGUGCUGUGAAGCCUGCCUCGGUUACUUGUAUUCUCCUUGCAACAAGCGAGGUCAUGAUAUCACUCGCUGCUUUGAAAUCGUGGGUUACCCUGAAGGAUGGACCAUGGGGAAUCGAGCAGCAAGUCGUCUGGUCAAAAUCGUGGGAUAGUGCGUGCCAAUGCAGCAGCAGCAGCCGGCAGCAGUAUAGGAGGAUCCACAGCAGAAACUCUUCUGCAGAAGUUGUUCCUGCUGCGUCUGUCUUCACGGCAGUUACUCCUGUUCCGUCUUCAAAUGGACAGGUUUUUACGGCAGCACAGUGGAAAGCUAUCAUGGGUUUCUUUGGUGCAACUCAUCAUGUCACUGGAGACAAAUCUUGGUUAUUUGACAUCACAAAUAUACAUUGUCCUGUGGGUUUGCCAAAUGGUGAUAAUGUUAUUGCAUCCGUGGAGGGUUCGGUUUAUUUGUCAGAUACGGUCACUCUACAUCACGUUCUAUAUGUUCCUAACUUAAGUUGUCAUUUACUUUCUGUUCCGCAACUUAAUGAUAAUUUACAGUCAAUUGUCACAUUUAACUCUGAUGUGUGCUUGAUACAGGACCACAUGAAGGCUCUGAUUGAAACGGGAGUUAGGCGGGAUGGACUAUACUACUUCAGCAAACCGAAGGUGGUGUCUACAGUUGAAGCUUCAUCUGAUGUGGAGUUGUGGCAUAAAAGAAUGGGGCAUCCUUAUAAGAAAGUAGUUAAGUCUCUUCUUCAUGUCAGUAGAUCCAGGAGUAGUUUGAAUAAAAAUUGUGAAGUCUGUUUUCGUUCUAAACACCAUAGAGACAAGUUUUCUUUAAGUACUAAUAGUUGUUCUCGAUUUUUUGAGAAAAUUCACUGUGAUUUGUGGGGUCCUUAUCGACAUGAGUCAUCGUGUGGUGCUCGUUGUUUUUUGACUAUUGUGGACGAUUUUUCAAGGGCUGUAUGGAUUUAUUUGUUGAUUGAUAAAAAGAAAGUUUUUCAGAUGUUUAUGACUUUUAUAGCUAUGGUGGAUAGACAAUUUGGCCAAUCUAUUACUAUUGUGCAAAGUGAUAAUGGUAUUGAAUUUAAAUGCUUGAUUGAUUAUUUUCGUGAUAAUGGUUGUAAGCAGCAAAACAGCAACAGAAAAAAAGCGAACCCGCGACCUACUGCACGCAAGCAGAAGCACUCGCCAACUGAGACAGCUCCGUUCAUGUUGAUUAAAGGCUUAGAUGAGAGGUUAUUCUACCCAUUGGCUAAGGAUUGUCAUUGCUUCCAAUAUACUAAUGAGAGUUGGAUUUUGAAUAAUCUAAUAUUUGAUCAAUGGAUGGAAUCGGGUCCCAAGUCCUUCAUCUUCACUCACAAGAGUGAGGAUGGUGAAGAGCUUGGAGGCAAUCCCAAGCCUGAUCAAGGAUCGGAUUGCUCUUCUUAG